AUGACAGAAGUGAAAGGAACUCCCAUCAUUAAAGGUUCACGAACAAUGCAAAUAACUGGCUUAUAUAAAGGAAGGGCAAUUAUUAUAAACGACUCUUACAGUGGUAUAAAUAAGAAGCUUAAACUAUUUCCUGCUAUGUUUAACUUACAAACAGGACCGAAAGAAGUAUUUCCUUACAACUACUACAGCAGUACUUUGUUAGCAAAUGACAACAGAACUGGUGUCAUUUCUGAAGCGUGUAAGUUUAUCCGGGAUGCGGAUACGUUCAUGAAAAACAUAGAUUCCAUCAAAGGUUGCAGAAUAGAUGAGAACCACUUCGACUUAGAAAAGUAUAGCACAUUCUAUUGCAAACAAGAUGUAAGAAUUUUAAGAGAAGGUUUUGUUAAGUUCCGCAAUGUCAUAUUGAAAGAAUUUGAUUUAAACGUAUAUGACUACGUUAGUAUUUGUUCUAUUGCUAACAAAUUGUUUGAGAACAGAGUAUACUUCCCGAAUGGAAAUUUAUAUGACCUCUCAAAUAAACCAAGAGAAUUUAUUUCAUGCUGUAUUCAAGGUGGAAGAUGUAUGCUGUCAGAUAACAUGAAACAAAAGAGCGAAAAGAAACUCAUUGCUGACUUCGACGCUGUUUCAUUAUAUCCAUCAGCUAUAGCAAGACUUUAUACUUUAGAAGGAAUUCCAAAGGUUAUGAAGAAAGAAAUGUUAAGCACAGAGUAUCUCAUGAAACAUUUAUUCGAUGACGACCAAAAGGAACCCAUUGGUGAAAAGUUUGUGUCUGGCUUCUUUGUUCUCAUUAAGAUAACAGAGAUUGGAAUACAUAGACACUUUCCUUUAAUAGUUUGUGACCCUGAACUAAAUCCAGAACUUAACGUUCCCAGAAGUUCAAACACUUGCUGUUUAAUGUAUGUUGACCAUAUAACAUUACAAGACCUCAUAAAAUAUCAAGGUGUCAAAUGUGAAGUGUUGCAAGGAUACUAUUACGAUGGAAACAGAGAUAUUAGAAUAAGAGAUGAAGUAAAGAAGUUGUUUGAGUUAAGGUUAA